UUUGCCGGGGCUAACUGUCUCUCUGGACCAGAUCUCGGGAACCAAACAAAAUACCAGUGCCAAAUGGCCAAUAGCAUGGAAUCAGACACUACGCGCAGCGCCAGUUUCAAUGAUGACGAGUUGGCAACAAAUAGCGAUGAUGGCAAAGACGUUCUAGAGGUGACUACCAGUCGCAGAUUUCCUUUGCUCUCAGAUGCCUCGCUCGUAAGGAGGAUCUGUACGCUGCUUUCUCUGGCCCUUGCGGUGUUCAUUGCAUCACUGGAUCAGACGAUUGUUGCUACAUCGAUGCCUUCAAUCGCCGAGCACUUUGACUCAUUUUCAUCGGUCAACUGGAUCGCGGCCAGCUUCCUUUUGGCGUCCACUGCUCUACAGCCGCUAUACGGAAGACUCUCGGACAUCUUCGGACGCAUAGAGACGCUCAUGUUGGGCCUGUCGGUGUUCUUGCUGGGGUCGGCUAUAUCAGGAGCAGCAACCAGCAUCACGAUGCUUAUUGCUGGUCGUUCGGUCCAAGGGCUCGGCGCCGGCUCGCUUGUAUCGAUUACGAUGGUCAUCAUUUCGGAUAUCACUAUUGAACGGGACCGCAGCAAGUACGCAAGCGUGUUCAGCUCUGUGUGGGCGCUCUCGUCUGUUCUUGGACCUUUGCUGGGAGGCGCAUUCACAGAGUCCAGCGCUGGCUGGCGAUGGGUCUUUUACUUUUCUGUUCCAGUCGGUGUAGCGGCGGGAGUAGCUAUUCUGGUGUUUGUUCGACUACCCAGACCGCGCGGUUCGCUUUCACAGAAACUUGCUCACAUUGAUUUUAUCGGCACCGCUGUUCUGGUUACAGGCAUCAUGUUGGCCUUGCUGGGGUUGAACUUCGGUGGCAGAGAAUACGCAUGGUCGUCGACUACUGUUGUAUGUCUACUCGUCUUUGGCGCCCUGGUCAUUGGUGGGUUUGUCCUUGUUGAGCGGCACGUCUCCAAGGAACCCAUCAUGCCCAUGCGCCUGUUCAAAAGCCGCAACGUUGGCCUCAUUCUUCUAAUGAGUUUAUUCACUGGUGGCGCCUUGCUUGGACCGACAUUCUAUAUCCCUAUAUACUUUAACGUCGUCGAUAAUGCCAGCGCCAUUAUUGCCGGUGUGCACUUGAUGCCGUUUAUGCUGGGCACAAACAUAUUCGCCAUCUUGUGCAGCUACAUCACCUCAUGGACCGGACGAUAUCGCGAGCAGAUGUGGGUUGGCGGGACAAUAAGCACCCUAGGCCUUGGCCUGCUUGCCUUGCUGGAUGAGCACACAUCGACAGGCAAAGGACUAUGCAUCAUAGCCAUCAGUGGAAUCGGCGUCGGCAUGUGCAUGCAAACCUCGUUAAUUGGCAUUCAGGCGGCGGCACAGCCCCGCGACAUGGCCACAGUCACGGCAAUAUACAUCUCGCUGCGCACACUCGGCGGUACUAUCGGAUUGGUGAUAUUCCAAACAGUUCUGCAGAUUUCGCUUACGCCCAAGAUGGAUAGGCUCAUGGCCACAUUUCCCGAGUUCGCCUCGAGUAUUGCGGCGGCGAUUGAUAACCAGGCGAUAAUUUACGAUAGCAGGCUUCCGGGCGAGCUUCAGAAAGCCAUGACCAGCGCUUACACAGACUCCCUUCGGACGGUAUUCUAUACGAUGGUCCCGUUCGGAGGAUCAAUGCUCGUAUGUGUGGCUCUUUGCAGACACAUUCCAUUGCGUACACAGAUGAAAAGCACGGUUUUGGAAUAGCCCAAUGACACAUGUUGGAUAUCACAAUACAAUGCACAGCA